CUCAAGUAUCACAGGAGAUAAUGUGAUUUACAGCCAUCACUUAUUAAUACCAGGCAUAUAACAUCCCGCCAACGUGUGCUGCUACUGCUCGUGCCUCCAUCUACAUGUUAUGUGUGAUCAUGUAUACAGCGGUCUGACUUCAAAGCCGCUGCUGAAAUUGAUUCCUGACACUGUUUUCAUCUUUCGCUUUAGGUGAACAUCUUUGCAGACCCUUCUGGUAGCACUGGGGUUAAGGGCAAGUAAAGCAUUUCCUUCUAUUGUCAAUUGAACGGAGCCAUAGAUCCCUCCUGUAUGGGUCCUCCCCUUUCCUCCUCUCCUCUCACUCUCCGUUCUUGUGGCUGCUGCUACUCUCACUCUCUCCGACUGCAUAGAGUGGAUCUUGUGAUGUCUCUAAGGAACUUUGCUGCAGAACAACAUCCUCUCACUAUGGUUUCCCAGCUGUCGGAAUUGCCCGAAUAGACACCCACCACUGUUCUACAUGACUGAAGAGGAACUAGCAAAGUAAAGACUGAAAUCAAUGAAAUAAAGCUUUUAUGUUACGAUAUACUGUACUUAGAAGAUGGAAGACACCUGUAAGCUUUGACUGUGAAGGUGAACGCAACAUCAUUAACAGAUGGCAUCAGAAGGGGCGAACCGGGACUGAGGUUCGGGCACAAGAGUGGUGCCAGCGGAGCAGUGGACUUGACUGUUCCCUCAAGCACAGCCCUUACACAACCUACCCCUAUGGAGUUCCAUGUAAUCCACCAUAUUAACUCGCGGCCGGAUGCUGCUCUUCUCAACAUGAAACCGUCCCAGCAAGUUCUCUUUCCUACCAUCACCGCACAGCAGCAUAUGGAGCACAAGCUUAGGCCAAACAUGGAUUGUCGGAAUUCGGAUCAUGGACGUCAGGACCAAAGUCUCAGGCAGCUGGUGAACAAGGACAAAAGCAAAUGCAGUGCCAACGCCAGCCCAGCAGUGAAACAGAAACUGUUACAGAUGAUCCGAAACAAGCAGCAAGUAGCUCCAGACCGCAAUAAUGCUCCCAACCACAGCACCUCCGCCAUUACUUACAGAGCGCCUGAGAUAACGGAGAAGAAUAACCAUCUUCCCACUAUCCCCAAUAAUUUCAUUCCCCAGGCUGUACCCAGCGCUUGUAGCACGUCUGAACAUGGUCUUCCUCUCAGGAGAACAGCCUCUGAGCCAAACUUGAAGUGGCCUGUCAGACCCAAGAAGUCUGGGGAGAGGAGGAAGAACCCACUCAUGCGCAAGGAAAGUGCUCCACCAGCAGUUAGAAGAAGACCCCCAGAGACUCAGGAUUCAUCCCCCAGUAGUAGCAGCACUCCUGUCUCUGGCUGCAGCUCUCCGAAUGAUAGUCUGACAGCCGAAAAUGGAAGCAUGUCCUCUCUAUCUGCUGCUAGUUCAGAGGGUCUGAUCCCCAGAGUAAUGUACAUGCCUGGUAUUGAUGAUGGUACAAAUUCCCUGGCUGCUCGUAUUCAGCCCCUCAUCAUCCUGGAGCCCUCUGGUGCACACACUCCUAUGGUUGCAGUCCAAGGCCUGAGUUCCAUGCCCUUGCAGUUCACCCACUCUCUUAUCAGCACUGACCAUUUAUCUGCUACGGGACACAGAACUUUAAGUCGGACACGUUCUGAGCCACUUCCUCAAAAUCCCAAGACGCUCCAGCAGCAACUACUUUUCCAGCAGCAGUAUGCAGCAUAUCCCAAUUAUGCAAAAUGGGGGAAUAAGCGCCAACAAAAAACAAGUGAAAAACCAAGAUUAAGCCAGAUCCCGUCAGAAGAAAUGGAUGACAGUGUUCCUGUAAAUGAGAGGCCUACAGAAAUGGGAGGCAACCCUUCUCGCGUCCGAAUGGAGGCGCUGCGAGUUGCCCCAUCUGAAGCACAUGGAAACAGCCAGCCAGUGGUCCAGCAGCACUUCUUUCCACAGAGCUACGUCUGGGAGGCCGCCCACCAACUCACGCCCCAUGUGAAAAGAGCCCCCCUGGAUACUCUGAUGAUUCCACUAGUGUCCGGAGCACACCGCCCUCUCUCCCGCGCAAAGUCUUCUCCAGCUUCAGCUUCUCUCCCUACUCAAGACCCCUCAUCUAAAACCAUGACCCUCUCAGUGCCAGAACAAGCUGACAAACCGCGCUUCACCACAGGAAUCGUAUAUGACUCGGUAAUGUUAAAGCACCAGUGCACCUGUGGAGACAACAGCAACCACCCAGAGCAUGCUGGGAGAAUCCAGAGCAUCUGGUCGCGCUUACAGGAGAGGGGAUUACGGAACAGUUGUGAAUGUAUACGUGGCAGGAAAGCGACCUUAGAAGAGCUCCAGUCUGUACACACAGAGACUCAUGUUCUUCUCUACGGCACCAAUCCUCACAAUAGACUCAAACUGGACAAUCGCAAACUUGCAGGCAUUCUGUCGCAGAGGAUGUUUGUCAUGCUUCCAUGUGGAGGGCUUGGGGUGGAUAGUGAUACCAUCUGGAACGAUCACCAUUCCUCCAAUGCCGCUCGCUGGGCUGCGGGUAGCAUUAUAGAACUUGCAUUUAAAGUUGUUACCGGAGAACUGAAGAAUGGAUUUGCCUUGGUGAGGCCCCCAGGACAUCAUGCGGAUCCUUCCACCGCCAUGGGGUUCUGUUUCUUCAAUUCUGUAGCCAUCGCAGCUAAGCAACUGCAGCACAGACAAGAUGUAAGGAAGAUUCUUAUUGUGGACUGGGACGUUCACCACGGCAACGGCACCCAACGAGUAUUUUACCGAGAUCCCAAUGUUUUGUACAUCUCCCUCCAUCGACACGAUGAUGGUAACUUCUUUCCUGGGAGUGGAGCCGCCGAUGAGGUUGGUGCCAGUAGUGGAGAGGGCUUCAAUGUGAAUGUUGCCUGGGCAGGAGGUUUGGAUCCCCCUAUGGGCGAUGCAGAGUAUCUUGCAGCCUUCAGGACCGUGGUGAUGCCAAUUGCUCAUGAGUUUUCACCAGAUGUGGUCUUGGUUUCUGCUGGAUUUGAUGCAGCCGAAGGACAUCCAGCUCCUCUUGGAGGAUACAAAGUAACAGCUAAGUGUUUUGGUCACAUGACACGUCAGCUGAUGAGCCUGGCUGGGGGCCGUGUCGUGCUUGCCCUAGAAGGUGGCCAUGACUUGACCUCAAUAUGUGAUGCAUCUGAAGCCUGUGUAUCUGCUUUACUUGGCAAUGAGAUUGAUCCCAUCCCUGAAGAAACGUUAAGGCAGCGACCAAAUCAGAAUGCUGUGCGGUCACUAGAAACUGUCAUUCAAGUCCAAAGUAAAUACUGGAACUCUGUUAAACGUUUUGCAUCUAAGGUGGGAUACUCACUUCUGGAAGCUCAAAAACAUGACCGGGAUGAAGUGGACACUGUGACCGCCCUGGCCUCAUUGUCAGUGGGAAGAACUUCACUAGCAGCUGCUGGGAGCAACAGUGAGUCUCAAGAAGAGCCAAUGGAGGAAGAUGGACCUAUGAGUCUAUGACCCAAGGAUACCAGAAGCCCUUAUUUUGGCAGAUUGGUUUAAGCUGCUGCUCUUUCUUCAUACAGUGGUGCAGUUUGCUUUUUUUUUGUCUAUUUCCACCACCUGUAGUCAUCUAUUCCUACAUUGAAAGUGGAAUCAAUAUGGGAUUUUGCCUUAAAAACAUUUUCAAUAGUUGCCUGGGCAAAUGUGUUGUAUACAGAUGUCAUGUAAGACCAUGCACAAAGAAGACACCACUAAGCUUGACCAAAGAUAUCCCUCAGGUGAGAUGGUAGGAGUGACUGAUGGAGAAUACCAGUGACACUUCCAUCGUUGCCCAAAAACACAGUAACUUGAUAAAACCCAAGGGAAUGGACACAAAACACCUUAUUGCUAUUUGGAACUUGUGGUUAUUUUAUGGAUUUUUUUGAACACAUGGGUCAUUGCAUCCAACAAUUGAUUUAUGAAGCUCAGGACUGGUUGAACUUUCCAUGAUGAGCUGGAAAUGUAACUGUACUAAUAAAUGCCAAAUUUGCCAACUUUGUGAAUAUGUAUUACGUCUCUACAAGAACUGCAGUAAAAGACUUAUGAGGACCACUUGUCCACGGUGGACCAAUGUAUAAAGCAGACCCUUCAUGUAGACCAUUCACUGGAGAUCCAUGAUUUUCAACUUACAAAUAAAAUGUAACAGGACUUAUAAGUGCCUGGCACUGCUGGAAAUGAGAAGAUGCCAUUUUGUUUUCUAUAAUGUCCUGAUGACCACUAAUCCCUAUUGGAUGAAUGGAUUUUGUGUUGUUCAUUUGCACUAUGGAGAACCGCUCCUCACACCACACCACAAACAGGAUGAGAACAUUUUAAUAUAUAUCACCUUCUAAUGGGCUGUGUAGAAAUAGAAAUGGGAAUGGACAUUAUUUGCUGUAAAAUACGCUUAUCGAGACAAUAUGAUCAAACAUUGCAAUAUCAGUGGAAAUUUUUACCACGGGAAUCUUCAGAUAUUACAAUAAGUUGUGAGACAGUUUGUGUGUUGGUCCUUUUCUCCUAUGUGUCCACGUUAUAUAUGACCGAUCAGCAAUUGUUAAAAGACAAUUUUUUUCUUUCACAGACAAAAUUUGCGCUGUCCACAUAGAUGCACUUUUUUCAGACUCUUGUAUAUUGUUUGGUAUCUGCAGAAGGUUAAUGCCUUAUGGUGUGAAGCCGCCUAAGGACUCUAUAAGGCCCACGAAGGUUAAUUCCAGCUCAAUGAAAAUAAAACAAUUGUGUGUUAUAUAUUUAAUGUUGUAAACCGUGUAGAUUAUUAUGGCAAAACUCUGACACCUGGGGCAAUUUUUUUUGUCUGACCACAAAUCUUACCCACAAUGACUCACAAAAAUUUUGCCCCGCUGGCAUAGACAAAGAGUCAUCAUAUAGGUUCAGCUAAGAUACAAGUCCUGUUAAAAAUCUGGGGGAUUAGGGGGUAAGCAGCGGGAUUUACACCAAUACUGUGCUGUGAUGUUUCUCUUUUAUUCGCUGCCAGGUUUUUUUUUCUCUUUUGCGAGCUACAUUCACAAUACUUGUCAAUCUUAUAGGUCUAAAGAUCUUUGAAGUGAUUUCAGUGAAAAAAGAAAAAUAAUAAUCCGAACUUCUCCGUGGCCACACUUUAUACCCCUGUCAGGUGUGAUGACUUGCAAAGGCGUAAGCGGCUGUAUUGUAAAUCAAAGCAAACAGCUGGAUAAAUCCUCAAUUCACUGGGUCCUCCAAAUCAAAAACAAGUGUUUUUUUUUUUUUUGUCUCCCUCGGAUUCAAGGUUCACUUUCCUCUCCCUUCAUUCUCAUGUUUGUAGCCACAGAGUGAAUCAGCUCUGUAAUUCUCUAUAAUUUAUCAACGUGUCAAAAAAAGGAUGGCAUUGCAUUUUUUUUUUACUUCAAAAUUAUAGAGAUCGGGGGUGGGGGGGGGGGGAUGUGUUUUAUCUUUCAUUUUUACCAACAUCUGGUGUGGAUAAAGGAUUGUGUUUAAUCUUCAAUGUCUUGGAAUGCUUUGCCACAUAAAAAAAAAAGGUUUUACCCCUGUAAAUACAAAAAGAAUCCUGAGAUGUAAUAGAAUCCUGACAAUCCGCAAGUCACAGUGUCCUGUGAUUGUGAAUUAACCUUCUGCAAAAAGUGUAAAAAUUUGAGAUAUUCCUACUAUGUGGAUUUCUAUUGCCAUACAGCACAGAGAGUGCAUUUCUAUUGCAGAAUUUGUAUCAAAAUACUGCAACAAUAAACAGAAUAAUGCAAGUGAAU